AUGAAGCUUUCUCUUCUCCUCGCACUAGCUGCUUCUGUGGCUACCACAAACGCUGUUAUCCCUGUCGUCCCGACAGAUCGCAUGUUCCAGUUCCUCCAGGAAAAGUCAAGCCUCGAGUCGGAAUUAACCACGUGGAAGCAGAGCGAUGCUGGUCAAUUCGCCACGAAGCAUGGCUUUGCUCCUGCCUCCUCUUCGAGGAAUGUCGGUGCAGCAAAAGACGAGGAGCUGCGCCGAUUCUUUCUGACUAAGCUACUGAUUGAAGAAGUUCAAGCGACAAACCCUGAAGCUGUUUUCUCAAUCGAUACGCCUUUUACGCUAAUGACGGAGGACGAAUUUACCAAAUUCGUUGGUGAGUCGUAUCAACGUAGCUCUGGUCUUCUCACGGACACCUCAUCCGCUGUCGAAGUGCUCUCGAACGCGACAACCCCACCCAGUACUGACAAAGACUGGACUACGUCAGGAUGUGUUGUUGGUGUCAAGAACCAAGGUCAGUGCGGUUCUUGCUGGGCAUUCGCAGCCGUGGCUGCUCUCGAGAGUGCCGUUUGCCUCGCUGGGCAGCCCUUGAUACCUCUUUCUGAACAGCAGGUGGUGGAUUGUGACAAGACUUCGCACGCCUGUCAGGGCGGUUUCCCUGGCGAUGCUUUGAACUUCAUCCAGCGUUCUGGUGGUGUCUGUACGGCGAAAUCCUACCCGUAUGUGUCAGGGGACACAGGCGACGGCGAUACGUGCCAGAAGUCAUCUUGCACUCCUCAAGCUGUGACCAUCCGGAACGUCGCGACGGUUCCUGAGAGCGAGAACGGCCUGCUUCUAGCUAUCAGCAGCCGCCCUGUGGCCGUUGGCGUUGCAGCCGGUAACCCCACAUGGAAGCAGUACAAGCGCGGAAUUGUGUCGUCCUGUACGUCAAAUGAACUUGAUCAUGCUGUCUUGGCUGUGGGCUAUGGUAGCAAUGGCUCGUCUUCCUACUUCAAGAUCAAGAACUCGUGGGGCACCCAGUGGGGCGAGGCGGGAUUUAUGCGACUAAAGCGUGGUGCUGGCACUGGCAGAUCCGGCACGUGCGGCAUCAUCGGUCGAAAGUCCGUCUACCCGCAACUGUAG